ACGACGACGACGACGACGACGGCCACCACGACGACCCCAGGCCGGCGGCCCGAGGCCUUGAGCGCGGGUGAAGCCUGGGCCUCGCCGGAGGGCCGCCGAGCCGGGGCCGGGGGAGUCUCCGGGUUCGCCCCCGGGUUCGGCGACUGCGACGCGGACGCGCCGGUGCGGCCCCUGUGCAAACCCCGGGGCAUCUGCUCCCGCGCCUACUUCCUGGUGCUCAUGGUGUUCGUGCACCUGUACCUGGGCAACGUGCUGGCGCUCCUGCUGUUCGUGCACUACAGCAACGGCGACGAGGCCACCGACCGCGGGCCCCAGCCGCGCGCCCGCCCGGACCCUCCGCCCGCGCCCGCCCCCGGCCCCCUCCCCCGGCUGGAGGGCAUCAAGGUGGGGUACGAACGCAAAGUGCAGCUGGUCACAGAUAAGGAUCACUUCAUCCGAACCCUCAGUCUGAAGCCCCUGCUGUUUGAAAUCCCUGGCUUCCUGAGUGACGAGGAAUGUCGCCUUAUCAUUCACCUGGCACAGAUGAAGGGCUUGCAGCGCAGCCAGAUCCUGCCCACGGAAGAGUACGAGGAAGCCAUGAGCACUCUGCAGGUCAGCCAGCUGGACCUCUUCCGGCUACUGGACCAGAACCGCGAUGGUCGCCUGCAGCUCCGAGAGGUUCUGGCCCAGACUCGUCUGGGAAAUGGAUGGUGGAUGACUCCAGAGAGCAUUCAAGAGAUGUACUCUGCGAUCAAGGCCGAUCCUGAUGGCGACGGAGUGCUGAGUCUGGAGGAGUUUUCCAGCGUGGACCUCCGAGACUUCCACAAGUACAUGAGGAGCCACAAGGCCGAGUCCAGUGAGCUGGUACGCAACAGCCACCACACGUGGCUUUACCAGGGUGAGGGUGCCCACCACGUCAUGCGCUCCAUCCGCCACAGGGUGCUGCGCCUUACUCGCUUAUCCCCGGAGAUCGUGGAGCUCAGUGAGCCACUGCAGGUUGUGCGCUACGGUGAGGGAGGCCACUACCAUGCCCACGUGGAUAGCGGGCCUGUGUACCCAGAGACCAUCUGCUCCCACACCAAGCUGGUAGCCAAUGAGUCUGUACCCUUCGAGACCUCCUGUCGCUACAUGACUGUGCUGUUUUAUUUGAACAACGUCACCGGUGGGGGCGAGACUGUCUUCCCAGUAGCAGACAACAGAACCUACGAUGAAAUGAGCCUAAUUCAGGACGACGUUGAUCUUCGGGACACCCGGAGGCACUGUGACAAGGGGAAUCUGCGCGUCAAGCCCCGGCAGGGAACAGCAGUCUUCUGGUACAACUACCUGCCUGAUGGGCAAGGUUGGGUGGGUGACGUGGACGACUACUCGUUGCACGGGGGCUGCCUGGUAACGCGAGGCACCAAAUGGAUCGCCAACAACUGGAUCAACGUGGACCCCAGCCGGGCGCGGCAAGCCCUGUUCCAGCAAGAGAUGGCGCGCCUGGCCCGCGAAGGGGGCGGCGACUCGCAGCCCGAGUGGGCCCUGGACCGGGCCUACCGCGAUGCGCGCGUGGAGCUUUGAGGGGGGGCGGCCCCCGACGUGGAGGCCCGCGGGACCCCGCCCCCCAUCCCACCCCAUCCCACUGCGGACUGACUGAAGUGCUGGCUCCAUGUUCCACCUGCCACCACCCCCCCCCCGCCCCCGCCGCCACCCACGGUGCAGCUCCCAGAGUCCGUGUUAUUUAUGGCGUCCAGCCCCCACCCCCACGCUGCUCGGGCAAAUAAAAACCACCAGGCGAG